AUGUUUAAGGUAAUACUACCUGUUAUUUUUCUGGUUACCCUUAUUCAAUGUUCACCAGUUUUCAGAAAAAAUUCAGUAUCCAGUAUGAUUUGCACUAAUUGUCAAUCAACCGUCAAAUUUUUCAUGCAACCCUUCAAAAAUAUAGAGUUGCUCUCAAGCAUUGGGUUUUCAAAUUUUGUUAACCAGGCAAUAUGUGAAUCAAUUCAUUUGUGUUCCCCCAAUACCACUAUUCUAGACUUACGCUGA